AUGAUCCCGGUGUCCCUGCUGGUGUUCGUGAUGGCAGGCUGGUGUGCUGUCUACCUGGCUGACACACUUCUCAGGUCAUCUGCCACGUACCGGAUCAACUACGAGUCAUGGCUGGCCAGCCGAGGGUUGAUGUUGUCUCCUUUUCAUGUGAGAUGGCAGACCACCAUGUUUAACCGGCUGUUUGCUUACUGUGCCCGCAUCAACCCCCGAGCCCUCUAUCUUUGGUUCAACAGUGGUCUAGUGUUUGGUGUGGCGGCCAUGUUGGGAUCGGUGGUGCUGCUGGUGAAGACGCUGCAGCAGACCUACGCCCAGAUGACCACAGACAACCCGCGGAUUGGUGGGCAGCAGACUCUGCAGGUGGUGGUCCCGGGUGUGAACCUGCCCACCAGUCAGCUGGCCUACUUCUUCAUCGCUCUGCUGCUCAGCGGCAUCAUCCAUGAGCUGGGUCACGCUGUGGCCGCGCUGAGGGAGUCUGUGAGAGUGAACGGCUUCGGGAUGUUCGUCUUCGUCGUUUAUCCCGGGGCGUUUGUGGACCUCUUCACCACGCACCUCAACCUCAUCUCUCCUGCUCAGCAGCUCAGAAUAUUCUGUGCAGGAGUUUGGCAUAACUUUGUUUUGUGCGUGGCGGCGCUGGCUCUCCUCUUCCUGCUGCCGGUCCUCCUGUUUCCUGUCUAUGCCACCGGGGUCGGCGCUAUGGUUACCGAGGUCGUGCCGGGUUCUGCGGCGGACGGGCCCCGGGGUCUGUCGGUCGGGGACCUGGUGACGCAGCUGGAGGACUGUCCCGUCCGGGGAGCAGAGGACUGGGCCGGCUGCCUGUCCCAGCUGUCCCGCGUGCCGCAGACCGGGUACUGCGUCCCGGCGGCCGGCCUGCAGCCCAGCUGGGCUCACGGCAGACCUUUCAAACGUCUGGACGGGACGAUGGACUGCUGCAGCAACAACAGCCUGACGGACCUCUGCUUCUCCUACAUCAAACCACAGGGCAGGAACAGCAGGGAGAGAGAGUUCGCCUGCAUGCCGGUGAGGAAGAUGGUGACGGGAACGGCGACGUGUCGCUCCGACAACGACUGCGGCGUGAACUCGGCCAGCGUCUGCGUCACCCCGUCUCUGGAGAACCAGACCCGCUUCAUCCGCGUCGCUCACCCGCCGAGCCCACACAUGCUGUUCGUGGGCUUCCCGCCGCACCUGCAGUACGCCGUGAGUCUGACCAACUUCGUGCCCCGCUUCGGGUUCCUCCACCUGGACCUGCCCGUCUUCAUGGAGACCUUCCUAAAGUACGUGGUGUCCCUCUCCGGCGCGCUGGCCGUCGUUAACUCCGUGCCCUGCUUUGCCCUGGACGGACAGUGGAUGCUCAACGCCCUGCUGGAGGCCACGCUGGUUACCGUGGUAACGGACCGCCAGAAGCGCGAGCUUAUCGGUUUCUUCCUGCUGCUAGCGGGCAGCGCCUUGCUAGCAGCUAACGUGGCGCUCGGCCUGUGGAUGGUAACGGCGCGGUAGCGGCAGAUUCGGUGAACGAAGGGAGGUCCAUUUCCAGUCCGGGACGAGCUGCUGACCAGAAACUGUGAAGCUGCUGCGAACAGGCGAUAACGCCGCGGCAGCACCACUACUUUACGCUGACUGUUUUCCCUCCAGCCGCCUUUCAGCCGUUACGACCGAAGAAGACUACUUCUUCUUCCACCGUAUUUAGCUACAGAAGAGGAAUAGAACCACAAAACAGAAGUCUGACCUUAUCUCAAAAUUCACGUUUUUUUCUCCGAAUUCUGUCAUUUUUCCUAAGAAUUUUAUCUUUUAUUUCUGGAUUCUUUUUUUUACCUUCAUAAGUUUAACUUUAAUUACCCAAGUCAGAUGUUCCCCCCAGAAUUCUGAUACUUUUUCUCUAAAUUCCAACGUUUUUCUCUGAAUUUCAUUUUUUUUUUUUUCAAAUUCCAACUUUAAUGGUAAAAUUCUGACUUUUCCCCAUCAGAAUUCCAAUUUUAUUUCUCUGAAUUCAACUUUUUAUGUCUGAAUUAAAUUUCUUCCCAUAUUUCAACUUCAGUUGUCAAAUUCUGACUUUCUUCGAGAUUUCCAAUUAUUUUUCUUUGAAUUCCAACUUUUUUUCCUCUAAAUUUCUUGUUCUUUCUGCAAAUUUCAACCUUAAUUGCCAAAUUCUGACUUUUUUCAGAUUUACAACUUUUCUCGUCUGAAUUAAUUUUUUUUCCCUGAAUUUCAAAUUUAAUUGCUGAUUUCUGGCAUGUUUGUCAGAAUGCUGACUUUAACAUAUGCGGGCCCCUGGGAGCCACUGGCUUCAAUGACACGUGAUUUCUGCAUUAGGAGAACUAACUUUUUGGAGGAUCACGUGUAAAAAGAAAAAAAAAUCACUUUAAUAAUUUUUAGACGCCGGUUAAAAUCAUAUUUCCUUUUCAUUUGUUCAAAUCUUACGCAUAAAGAAGAUGGGGAAAUGCUUCCUGUAAUGUACUGUUCCAACUGAAUGUUUACAAGAGCAAAUUAUAGCAUUUUUAAAAUUGUGGUGUUUGAGUUUGGAUUUAAAUGUAAUCCAAAAAUCCCAAACUGUGUUUUUGCUGCGAAACAGAAGAAUUAAGUUGUUCUAAAUGGGUUUCUCAGCUUCUGUUUUGGUGAAUUCACAGCAGUAUCGUGAUCUACAUUAUGACUGGUGGAGAAAUUGCACUACUGAUUACUCUUUAAGAAAACAUUUGGGUCAUUAUAAUUACCUGAGUGGACCUCUGUCUAUCUCAAGAUGUAAACUAGAGCACUGUACAGAUUUACUGGCUCAAAUCAAGUGUCUUUAUCUCCUUCAGGUAUUAAUGCAGGAAAAAUGCCUUCUGUGUUCACUGUGUUCUGACUUUCCUGAGGUUUCUCUGUUCCCUUCUGACCUCUCACUGUUCACAGUCUGGUUGCAAAAGCUAAUUGUGUCAAAAAUGUGAAAUAAAACGUUUUUUUGUAAUUGAA